AUGAAGCUCUGUGACAAAAUGGCUCAGUAUGAUGCUAAGAAGUUUGCAGAGCUUCAGCCGAAGAAAGAGACCCCCAAGAAGGAGAAACCACCAAAGGAGCCAAAGAAAGAAAAGGAAGAAAAGAAGCAGCCUCCUGCUCCAGCUCCUGAGGAGGAGAUGGAUGAGGCAGACCAGGCUUUGGCAGCAGAGCCCAAAUCAAAGGACCCAUAUGCCCACCUCCCUAAGAGCCUUUUUGUUAGGGAUGAAUUCAAGAGGAAAUAGUCUAAUGAAGACACCCUGACUGUCGCUCUUCCUUAUUUCUGGGAACAUUUUGACAAAGAAGGAUGGUCAAUCUGGUACUCUGAGUAUCGCUUCCCUGAUGAACUGACUCAUUCAUGA